ACUAAUUCCAAAACUAAAGCAAAACAUCACGCACCAAGACCACAAAGUAAAGAUACUUUCAACAAAAUGUUUGAGAGAAUUCAGUAAGAAUAAAGAAGCUGGGGAGCUCAUUUUAACAGAUGAAGCCUUUAAUGAACAGAUAAAAACGAUGAUAACCAAUGAUGGAGAUAAUGAUCUUUUCACGAAAUACAUACAUUCCGCUUUAUGGAGAUCCGGUCGAACGACAGGGUUAUUGCCAAAACAAUAUGACCGUCUAUAUUCUGACGAGUUUCCAAAACAGUUUGAAAUCAUGGCAACACGACUAGGCAAAGGAGGUUUUGGCACUGUUCAUCUUGUAAUUGACACGAAUAGGAAAGAUGAGGAGAAAUUUGUUGCAAAGAAAAUCUCACAAUCCCAAAAGGAUUUAUCAAAGUGGAUGAAUGAGGCUUCAAUUCUAAUUAAACUGAGGCAUGAACGAAUUGUUCAGUUUCACGGAUUUCAAAAGAACGAAACCGAAAUAGACUUAUUUUUGGAGUUUAUUAAACUGGGAACACUCGCUGAUUUUAUAAAACGAAACAUAAGACUAAAUGUAGAGUUGACAAGACAUUUUACAAUUCAAAUCCUGGAAGGUGUGAAAUACCUGCAUGAAAAUAACAUUUUACAUUUGGACAUCAAAGGCAACAAUAUUUUGAUGGCUGAUGAGUCAAACAUUAAACUAACUGACUUUGGCCUAUCAACAAUCUUCACUGAAGAAGAAGGUGUACAAGCAGAACGGGGCACAACUAGAUACAUGGCCCCAGAGAUGGUUGACUGUCCCGAUGGUAAAAUAUUUGAGCACGCAAAAAGUCUUGAUAUAUGGAGUGUUGGGUGUACAGUUGUAGAGAUGGCAACUGGAUCACCGCCCAACUCUACCACUUCUUCUCAAGCAGUUUUGUUUCAAAAAGCGAUGUUGACGAAACCGAAAUAUGAGCUACCUGUAACUGCGUCGAAAUAUCUGAUAGAAUUUUUAGACAAAACUUUUAUGAUUAAGGCAUCAGAUAGGCCAUCAGCUGAGAGUUUACUCAAGGACGAUCCAUUUAUAACAGGGUUAAUGCUGACCAGAAUCUUUGGCCACAUGUGUGUGAGAAGUCUGGCCACAGGUGUGUUAAACAGCAAGGCAUCCUGCAGGUCUGUGGGCAGUUCUGACCUUUUGACCUUUGCGGGUCUCUCAGCCCCGUAA